AUGCAGCUGUCCUCUACAUUCUUUCUCUCCUUGGUGGCGCUCUCGGUGGCUUUGCGGCAGGACCAGGAUCAAGGCGUGUCUCUUCAAGCAUCUGAGACAGCCCGAACCCUUUGCUGCGUCACCCCUUUGGCCGACUACCCUACCAGCGAUAGCAGGUUCCGCGAUGAUGCGCGAGGAAUGCUCAGGAACUUGACCAUGAGUGGUGCCUACGGGGUGGGAGAUGAUUUCAAUCGUGCACACUACGACAAGCACUGCCUGGAUGCCCUGCAGCUGGAGACGUGUCCCACGGUUUCAGUCUUCACCUUCACUGCUGGUGUGGCCAUCCCAAAGUCCCUGUACAUACAGGAAAUUGAUGCUUUCCAGAAGAAGUACCGCUUCCACUCGGAAGAGUAUUCUUCCUUCAGCUUCUCUACCCCCGAGUGUCAGAAACCCUUGAAGCAUCAGGCAGACGAGAAGCGUUGCAGCCCAGACUUCCAGCACUUCAUGAAGUUGCUCGAGUUGUGGAAGGAGCUGCUUCACGAUGCACAUGACAUACAUAAGAACUCGGGUGUGAAGGGCUUCUUUUUUGGAAGCAAGACCCAGAAGAAUGCAGCAAAGGCCGACCUCGAGAGCGUGAGGGCCCAGCUGCAGGCGAUGUGGUAG